AUGGAUAUUGAAAGUAAUGACGUCACAGUUAUGGAAGCUUAUGGAUCUAGUUUAUGUAACCUACAUGGGGAAAGGAUUGAUAUCUACAUUUCUAAUUGACAGAGACUCCAUUUAUACAAUUAACUUUUGAUUUUCAGAAGACAUCUAAUGGCGAAAUGGCCUCAGCGGCAUACAAUCAGAUAACACCAGGUGCUCAAGCAUAUCCACAGACCCUCUAUUCAUCAGCGCAGGGAGGAUAUCAACCUACACAAGGCGGUUAUCCUACAGCACAGGCUAGCUAUGUACCAGGGGGAGGCUACCCACAAGGUGCAAACAUUGUUACACAGCAGCCUGCGCAUGCUGUCAUUAUUCAAAAACCUCCGAACGAUAUACUAAUAACGGCCGUCUUUGUGACUCUAUGUUGUUUCUGGCCCACUGGAUUAGUUGCUAUUAUUAAGGCCAGCGAUGCUCGAAGCGCCGUGGCCAGAGGAGAUCUGGUCUACGCAGACUCCAGCUACCAAACAGCCAAGACCCUAGUGAACAUCAGUAUUGGCAUUGGCUUAGCAAGUUAUUUCAUUUCAAUCGUAAUCAUGGCAUUCCUCCUUACCUUUAGCGGGUCCGCCUUCAGCUUGACGAUCGGAUAAUCCCCCAACCAAACUGUCACUCAAGCAGAGAAACUCUUACCUUUAACAGCAAGGACCUGGCUUGAAACAGAACAGAACACUCACAGACACAAAAAAAACAAACUUUAAGGAUUGUAGUGUAUCUAAUUUGGACAAAGACUUUCUUGUCUAUUUCUACAUUGGAAUGGAUAUUGUGUGUUGAUCUAAAAAUAGUUUUGAAUACAAUGUGAAUAGAGAAAAUAAAACAAGUUUGCAAGUUUAUAAUAAAACACAUUUACUGCAAGCUAAACUGUUACUAAU